UGAGAAGAAUCGAUAGCUGGUCGAAAGUGUUUAAACUUAAUUCGUUUGAAUCGUUUAACAUCUAAAAUGAAAAGUGAAAAAUCUAUGAAUUUGCGAAAAUAGUUGGAAGCACUUCUGGACUGCUCACAAGAAAAUGAAACGAAGAAGUACUGAUGAUGUGAGGUUGAUGACGUUACCUCGGCCAUGUUGAAGUUACAUAUCAGCUGUUACUGAGAUUUGUAACAGUGGGGAGAUGGAUAAAUUGUGAUUGGAUUGUGACCUUGUGCUUCGUUAUCUGUGUAUAUAGUAUAGAAUCAUUUUAGUGCUGCAAUCAUGUGGAAAGUGAGGGAACUGGUGGAUAAAGCCACCAAUGUUGUUAUGAACUACACUGAUAUAGAAGCAAAAGUUAGAGAAGCCACAAAUGAUGAUGCAUGGGGACCGACUGGUGCACUGAUGCAAGAAGUGGCACAAGGUACAUUCACAUAUGAGCAGUUCCCAGAAGUGAUGUCAAUGCUUUGGAAGAGAAUGCUGCAGGAUAAUAAAAAGAAUUGGAGGCGAACAUAUAAGUCACUCCUCCUAUUAAACUACUUGGUUCGUAAUGGGUCAGAACGGGUGGUUACUUCUGCACGGGAACACAUUUACGAUCUGCGAAGCUUGGAGAACUACACCUACAUAGAUGAGUAUGGGAAGGAUCAAGGAAUUAAUGUUCGGCAUAAAGUUCGUGAGUUAAUAGACUUUAUUCAGGAUGAUGACAAACUGCGUGAAGAGAGGAAAAAAGCCAAGAAAAAUAAAGAUAAAUAUGUGGGCAUGUCAAGUGAUGCCAUGGGCAUGAGGUUUGGAAGUAGUGGCUGGGAUGAUACACCUCGAUGGAAAAAAGAAGACCUUGACUGGGAUUCAGGUGGAAAUGCAAGGUCACGACACCGGAGCUUUGAAGACUCUAAUAACAGUGAUGAUGGUGAAAGAGAGGAUUCGGAUGGCGAAGGUAGACGGACAGGCCGUGAAUACCGUGAUAAGGACAGUGACAGUCUAGAUUCUGGUGACCGUCGGUCCAACAGGCCAGCAAGUUCUCCAACAGCUGGGACACCUGUUCGUUCCAAUAAGCCUAUUAAGAGGAUAGACCUGGGUGCAGCAGCACACUAUGGCAAGGAUUCAAACUCAGGGACUGCCAGCCCCAUGAAAAACAAUGCUACUGUUUCACAUCAAAACAACAACAAUAUAAACAAAAAUAGUGGUGAAUUACUGACUGACAUAUUAGGUGGGACUGAUAUAUUAGAUGGGACUGUCAUCAGUAAUAAUGGUUCACUUAUCACUGGUGAUGAUGAUUUUAAUCCACGUAGUGGAGAGGAGUUAAGCACAAACAACACAGAAUUUGGAGAUUUUUCCAAAGCUUUUGGCGCACCUGCACCAACUAACAAUCCACGGGAUAAUCAGGAUGAUUUUGCAGAUUUUGCUAGUGCAUUUACUGGUACUCCUAGCAGUCAGCCUCAGACUGUGUUGCAGCAAAGUGCUCAGAUACAACUAUCACUCUCAAAUAAAUCUGCAGUGUCUCCCGUAACAAACAAUGCUGCGGUGAUUACGGGUGUUCCCCUGACAUUGUCACCACAACCCUUGCAACCAACAUCACCAUCUGCCGGAAAGGACCAAGUCUCUCAGUCUUCCAGCAACCAAUCUACUGCACAACAGAUUGGCAGUACAUGGAGCAACUCUGGCAAAUUAAACAUAGACAUAGAUAACUUAACAAUCUCGGGCUUCCGAAAUUCUUCCAAGCCAACACCUACCAUGAAUCAGCUGGCAUGUAGCAGUCCAAUUCCUCCUGUGGUUCGCCCUCCUCAAGCAAUUCCUCCUUUAGGUGCAGUAAGCCCUACAACCUUUCGACCAAUGGUUGGUGUACCUCCGGUGGCAGGUGUGCAGUCUUCUUUACCGUUGGCAGCUACACAGACUCCUUUACCGUUGGCAGCUUCACAGACUCCUCUAGGCAACCAGACAUUUUUCCCAGCAUUUAAGUGAGCCAUUUCUCUCUAGAGACAGUGAUUCAGUGGAACUUAAAGUGAGUUUUGUAUUUUUGCCUUUACUGUCCGAUGUUAAAUGGGCAGUUCACAAAAUACAGGCACCAUGCUCCAAUUUGUAUAUUUUAAAAAUAAUGGAAACUAUGUCCUUUUGAAGCAUUUGUAUAUCUUUUGCUCUUAUGUCUUUUUCUAUUUUCCUAGCUGUCUUCCAUUUUCUUACUGCCCAUAGUCAGGUGACUAUUCCUCUUGCAGAGUGUAUACCACAAAAUGUAUUAGAUCUAAAGACAUAACUGUAUAAGAUGGAAUAUUUAUACAAUUGCAUAUUGCAUGAUGUGCAGGUAGUUCCAAUCUUUGCCCUGGUCAGAUUGUGUGGGUGUACAUACAUAACUGCUAUGCAUUUUUUGCAAAUGCUGUUGACAUAGUUCCCAGAACUGGAGAGCUUGAUGUUUAAAAGCUGUGCCACAGUGCCUUGCCAGGUGAGAUUAGCUUAAGAGAUUCUUCAGGGAAAUGAGAAUUUUAUACUAAAUUUUGAGUUCUGUAAUGUGGGCAGUGAAUUUUCACAACAAAGUCAGAAAGCAGUGUGAGUAAAUAUUAUCUGCAACUAGCAAUUUCUUCUGCAUUUGUGAUAAUUAAAAAUACAGUCCUGUUAAAGAAAAUCCAACUGAGAUCUCUAUGCUGUUACAGUUCUAUUUCUUAAUUUUUAAUGAUUUGACUACUAUUACCAAAACAGUAUAAAAUCAAUACAAGCAAUGCUGCAUUAGGGUGGUGCAUAGCAUAUCAGCUGAAAUGGAUGAAUAGUAAUUUGAAUAUAAUUCUUGUGAAUUUUUUUCUCAAAUAUGCACAGUUUGUACGAGAUCUGCACACUAGUCAUUUGUUUUAUUUAUAAAUGGCUUAUCCCAGUUAAAUAGACAAGUAAAUCUAUGGUAGGGUAUGUUAUUUUGAUGUGUUUGCAUGAAUGUCAGAAAGUUGUUUAUGUGAUUAAAAUCAGUGUGAAAACAAUUUGCUCAAAGCUUGGGAGCUGUAGGAAACAAAUGCACUUCAUACUGAGUAGUGCAGAAUGUCAUUUAAAUGGGACUACGGUAACAAAAAUUGGCAUUACAGAGAGUAAGUGCUCAGCUAAAAUAUGGAUUUAAAACUUCUAUGUGAAUGAAUCACAAAGAGUGGUCAAUGACCUGCUAUAACACACACACACACACACACACACACACACACACACACACACACACACACACACA